UGCAGCGUGGGGGGGAGUUGUGCAGUCGAGAUGAAGCGCUUUGGGCGCGAUGGAAUGUGCUGAGAGCCGAGUCUUCGGCAUAGGCCCUGGUUUGUUAGCCGUCCUACUGAUCUUUAGCCUCAGUCUGCUGGGCUUCGUGGUGGCAUCAUGUUUAGCGAGAUCAUGCCGCCAGAGCAUCUUUUGCCUUGUGGUCUUGGCCAACCUGGGGUUGACUGUGUUGCUGGUAGCCUUGCCGAAGGGAUGCCAGCAAGUCGUGCAAGCGAUCGGUAUCAACCGCCAAGGGCAAUUCUCAGAUAUUGCAGUAGCAGUCGUGGUGAUCGGCGCGCUGGGUGCCAGCGGACUGGUGGCCAAUGAGUUUCUGCUACGGAGCACCGUGGCGGUGCCGCGGGACGAGCGCUUGGCGGGCUGGCGCUCUGCAGCGCUGUGAAGAGCACUCUUUCGCCACUCAAAGAAGUGGUGCAAGCGAGUGAGAUGGAUGA